ACCCAUUGGUGAAAAUGUUGACCUAGACUUUAAAAGGUCGUGGUACAAAGUCCAACUUCAGGUCAAGAGUCAAAAAACCAUAGAUAUCACCACUUGUUGAAUGGACGAACAAUUUUUGCCCAAUUGUUAUAGUGUUAUGAAUAAACGAACACAAUUUUGCUAAAACAAAGCACCAUGAAACAACAACAACAACAACAAAAAUCCACUAUUGCUCUCCUUGUUUUCUUCAUCUCUCUAUUUAUCACUGAAUUAGUUGAUGCUAGAAACCUCUAUCACCAAAUUUGCACUUCUUCUUGUGGAGAUAUCAAAAACAUCAGCUACCCUUUUCGCCUAAACACCGAUCCAACAAGCUGCGGAGACGAAGACUACGAACUUUCUUGCCAAAACAACAAAACCAUCUUGGAAUUCCAUUCACAGAAGUACAUAGUCAAGCAAAUCUCCUAUGAUGAUCAAACAAUCCGCCUGGUGGAUGUGAACUUCGAAAACGGAACCUGCAACCUUCCUUCCGGAUCCGAACCAUAUCCGGAGAAUGUAUACGAGACGAUCACCGGCGAUUAUAGAUAUCAGGGAGGACCAGUCAUUGGCCAGCGCUCCUACAUCAGCUUCUUCAACUGCUCUGCAAACAUUACACACCCUGCUUAUGCAAGAGUACCCUGUUUCAACAUUCGCGAUUCGUCUUAUUAUAUAUAUGCUGUUUUCGAAGGCUACUUACCGCCGGAAAUGGGCAAGCAAAUGGAGACAUGCUUGCUGAUUUCCAUGUCUCCUGCUGAUUUUGCUGCUGAUAUCAUAUUCCCUUCUUAUGAAACCAUCCGUCAACUGUUGCAGUCGGGUUUCGAGCUCAGUUGGUCGCUUUUUUGCCGUGAUUGCAUUCGUAAGGGUGCUUUAUGUUCAACAAGUUUGUGGGAUAAUCCUUCGGCCUAUCAAUGUGAAGAAGUCUAUUCGGUGGCCGAGUACACAAUAUACUGGGAUAUCUGGCUCAUUUCUACUAGGAGGUACAUGUUUGCUCCAUUGGUUAUAUAUGUAUUCCUUAUCCACAAGUUUUGUACAAGAAAGAAGACAGUUGAAGAAGAUUCUCGUAAUUCAAUGAACGACAAGGCUGUGGAGAUGGUGGAAGGGGACGUCAAUGAUGUAAAAAUGCAUCCACCACUUAUGUCCAUUGAAGAGAUUGAAGAUGUCCAAUCGGAUUCCUCAACCGAGUGGCUUAUAACUGAGUCAAUGGAAAAAAGCUAGCAUAAAAUGUUUAGUUUGUUAGUUAUUUUGUUUUUGUUUCUGUUUCUUUGUUUGUUUGUGUUUUUUUUUUUUUUUUUUUUUGGCCUUUUAUGAUGUGAACGUUUUACAAUGAA